CUGGAGCCUCCGUUAGUCAGAUGAAGAGAGAAACAUAUGGAUUCAGCUUUAUUUUAUUAUUUUCUAUAUGUAUAUAUCUGACGUAAAUAUUAAUGUAUAUAAAAUAUAGGAUGUUUAUGAAUGAUAUUGAUUAAAUAAAUAAAAACUAACACUGCGAGGAUCUGCUUCACCGCUCUUUCACUUCCGGGGGUUAGGGUAUGUUGUCAGCGGAGAGACAGGCAACAUGGCGACGGUCGGGAGGAACCGGUCCAGAGAGACUAGAGAGAGGAGGAGACACAGCCGGAGAGAGCUGUUCGUGUCUCCGGCUUUAAUCCCAAAAUGUAGUGAGGUCUCAUCUGGAGCGAGCGGGAAACACAAGCUGUGUGAGGACAGAGAGGAGCUGAAGAGGAGGAACUGUGGACAGGAAGGAGUUCUGUCUGACUCGGAGAACGAGGAGCCGCUCAGCAGGAGGAUCAGAACCAUCUCGGCCUUCAUCCGGAAAACCAAACACUCUGCCGCCUGCACAGGUGGUGGUCAGAGGAGUCAGAGCUGCAGUGACCCGCUGGAGGACCGAGCAGAGAGGCUAAAGGCCCCCCACCCCCCCCUCAUGGACAGAGUGGGCCACAGCUUCACAGCAGGGAUCCUCCUCUCGUCAGAGAACAGUCGCUGCUCUUCAGCCCCCCCCUCGGACCGCAGGUUGCCGUGGCGACCCUUCCUUCCUUCCUCUUCCCCCUUCGCCCCCCCGCGGCCGCCCCCUCCCGAGCGCUCCGUCAGCCCCGAGAGCAACGACAGCAUCUCGGAGGAGCUGAACCACUUCAAGCCCAUCGUGUGUUCGCCCUGCACCCCCCCCAAGCGGCUGCCGGACGGCCGCCUGCUGCAGCCCACCGUGGUGAAGUCCACCCCCAGGAACCUGAGCCGCCGCGGCCUGCAGAGGCCCACCAGCUACGAGGCCGGCCCCGCCGUGCUGCAGAAGUGGAGGCAGAUUGAGCUGGACCGGCAGAACCUGAAGCUCUGCCGGCCGGGCGGAGCGGGGGCCGACCCGCCCAGCAUCCGACUCUCUGACUCUCCGUCUCUGACUCUCCGUCUCUCUGACUCCGACUCUCUGACUCUCGCCGGGCGCUGCGGCGAGGCGGCCUGCCGGGCCAGCUCGGACCCCCCCGAGUCCUGCGGCAGGAAGCGGUCCUUCUCGGCGUACACCAAGAACUCCGGGAUCCAGACCUGUAACCAGAGUCCGAGGAAGGAGUCCGACCGGUCGGCCUCGCAGCGGGGCUGCAAGCGCCAGCAGAAGACCCGGCACCUGGACUCGGACCCGGACAAGAGGAGGACCCGGGUCCAGCAGCAGGACCGGGCCUUGGCCCUCCGGCUGCAGAGACAGUUCGACCUGGAGACCAGCAGCCGGCCCGACGCCUACUUCCUGCGCUCCUGGAGGUCUAAUCAGAACCGCAGGAGGCGGGGCCUGAGGAGGUCUCGGCGAAUAAGCACCAAGCACUAGAGGAAUAUGCAAACAGACGAUCAAUUCACCAGCACAUCACCAAAAACUGAACCUAGACUCAGAGGACCAGAGACCAGCUGGGGGCCAACAUUCACUCUUUUAUCUUCUCUAAUCAAGAUUUACUCUUUGGAGUUUUUUCAGAUGUAUUUAGAGAUGUUAUUUUAUUCGCAUGUUUUUUUACAAAUAUUUCAGACUUUUGUUUAAAAAAGUCUGAUUUCUCUCCUGAACUUUAGUGUUGGAAACGCUGGGUGAGCUCAUAACGUUACCGGAUAUUUGAUUUGUCAUGUUUAAGACUUUAAAUAGCACUUUCUCAGCUCUGUAAUUAAGCUAUAUAUCCAAUAAUAAUUCUUUAAAUAAUUAAAUAUCAAAUAUUUCUAUCAAAUCUUGAAAGACAGAGUUCUCCUGCAAACUGAACAUAUUAUCCGGACAUUUGUACACUUUUUGUGCCACUUUAAUCCAACAUUUUGGAGUGUUGUUCAGAAGGUAACAUUUAUUCUAGAAAGGUAGAAUAAAAUUCACAACAUAUUCUACCUUAAAAUAUUGCAUUAAAUAAAUCAGAUUUAAUUAAAAAACAUUAAUGUUUGUAUUUAUAUCCAGGAUUUAAUUUCUUAGUGUGCUGACGUUAUGAUUUAUAUUCAAAGCUUUGUUGAGAUCAGUGAUCCUUAACCUGAUUAUAUUAUAUUAUAUAACUGAGGGGCAGAACGUCUUCCAGUCUGUGUAUGGAUUCUCCGGGUGGACGCUGAGGCUCGUGGGAACUGAAGUCUUUCUUUUUCUAACAGCAGGAGGGAGAAAGGCGUGUGAAAGACGAGGUUGUGACACCUGUGAACCCAGCUGAUCAAAUUGAAUCACAAUAAAGAAAUAUAA